AUGGCAUCUCAUGGAUGGGGUUUUCACGAUGAUUCGGACCGCUUCUCGGAUCACCCCUACGAGCUGGAGCCGCGCUCCCCUGGUGGACAAGCAGCUUCCGAUUCCCUAGACUUCCUUUCAGAGUCUUACUCUCUCUCUUCGAAUUCCCGCGGCCAACAGCGUGAUUCAAUCAUGUGUACAACCUCAGAUCACCGGUUCACUGAUAAUGAAUCAAGUCUUUCUGUGCAACACCGCACACGAGUCUCGUCUUCUCAAUCCGGCCACAACUCGCUGGUCCUUUCGCGUCCCACUGAAGACCGACGCCGCUGCACCCAACGCACUCGCCUCUCCGGUCGUCUACAAGGGCAGUCAGCCAAUAGGUCAGGGGAGCGAACCACAAGGAUACAGUCCACAAGGAUCGGCCGUGCCCGACGCUCUCAGCGCAAUCGCCGUGCUCGUACUACCCAAGCAUCUGCUGCUACACGGGCCGAACGAAAUGCCAUCACCCUCUCCCGGCUUCAGAUGAGACGGGCUGAUUUGCUGGCUGAGAUACGUUCACUACGUCAGGAUCUCGAGGAGGUGAAUUCUGCACUCCGCGCUGCUUCGGAAGAGGACUCGGAAGACAGUUCAAUUUCUUCAGGGGACGAAUAUUGA